UGUGCGGGGUUGUUUUCCUGUUAAGCUGGUAGACAGCUUUGAACGCAAAAAUAUUCGCGAGUCAAGGUAUCGUCUAUAAAGAAUGGAGCAAGCCGCGGAAAUAAUUUAAUAUUGAUUUUAUUUUCUUUAAUUACGUAUCCCGGGCUUUGAAGAUUGCAGAGGGGAGAAAAUAGCUUGGCUAGCUUGUUAGCCAACUAGCAUGCUACACUACGUGGGACUCUUGAGCGAUAUGAGACGACGCUUUAGCUAGACAGCUAUCUGUAAAACGAUGUCAGAUUCACCGUCACACACCAAUAACGUUUCAUUUGAACGGUAUACAGCAUGGAUCCAGGUGGACUGAAACAUAGCAAUAAGCAAGAUGAGAGCUUGACCCUCGUGGAUUACAGUGAUAGAGCAAGCAGCACCAUGUCAGUGUCCUCCAGCUCGGUGGAUUCUUUAUCCAGCCCCAGGCUGCAGCCAGGCUCCGGAGACGUGUCCAACGGAAUGGGCAACAAGGCCCCUCAGGAGGGGCUGACCACAGCUGUGUCGGUGUCCAUGGGACUCUACGGGGAGGAGCCCGACUCCAAGGUGAUCGGUAACGACCAGAGAGCGCAGCCCCAGCAGUCUCCCGGCCUCUUCACCCUGGGGGAGAACUUCUCCCGCCUGGAAGCAAGCAUCGCAGACUUAAAUCGCUGCGCCACUUCGAUGGAUUCCCUCAUAGGCGGAGCGGACCCCAACCUUUUCCCUUUGAAAACAGAGGAUUUCUCGCCCGUGGGCAGGGGGGAGAUCGACCUGGAUCAGGACACCUUCGGGCAGGUCGGCAGGGACUCCGACAUCAGCCAGAAGCUCUUCAACGACAACGCCCUCGACCUCCUGCAGGAUUUCGAGCUGACGGGCUCCCCGUCGGAGCUGAACGACUUCUACGUCGGCGACGACACGGCGUUCCUCUCCUCACUGACCACCGACGACUCCCUCCUGGGCGACAUCGGCGCCAUGAAGCAAACCAAGCCCGUCGCUUGCGGCAACGGCAACAGCUGCGCCAACGUGAACGGCAAAGACCAGCAGCUGCUGGACAGCGGCGCCCCCACGGCCGUCAUCAAGACGGAGAAAGACGCCUACAUCCAGCUGUGCACUCCGGGCGUCAUCAAGCAGGAGAACGAGAGCCGGCGCUACUGCCAGAUGAGCGGCUCGGACGUCGGCGGCCCCCUCAACUCCUCCAUUUCAAUCUGCGGCGUGAGCACCUCGGGCGGACAGAGCUACCACUUUGGAGUUAACGCCUCGACGACGGUCGCCGCGCAGCAGCAGGAUCAGAAGCCCGUCUUUAACCUGUACCCACCGGUGGCUUCUGUCGGGGAGACCUGGAACAGAGGACAGGGGUUUGGGGACACCGCUGGGAUGCAAAGGGCAAAAGAAACCUAUACUGGUUCGCCACCUUUCUCUUCUACCUUCAUCAGUUCUGCAGCCCGACCCGAAGCCAGCAGCUCCACAGCCGCCGCCCCCGGAAAGGCAGGAGGCGCGACCCACAAAAUCUGCCUGGUGUGCUCGGACGAGGCUUCCGGCUGCCACUACGGCGUGCUCACCUGCGGCAGCUGCAAGGUGUUCUUCAAGAGAGCCGUGGAAGGAUGGAGAGCACGACAAAACACAGAUGGACAACACAAUUAUUUGUGCGCGGGGAGAAACGACUGCAUCAUCGACAAGAUCCGCAGGAAAAACUGCCCGGCCUGCCGCUUCCGCAAGUGUCUCCAAGCCGGCAUGAACCUGGAAGCGCGGAAGACCAAGAAGCUGAACCGGCUGAAGGGGGUGCAGCAGGCGGCCGUGGCCGAGGUGCCCGUGCCCCCCCUCCCGGAGGCACGGGCGCUGGUGCCGAAAGCCAUGCCCCAGCUCGUCCCUACCAUGCUGUCCCUGCUCAAGGCCAUCGAACCCGAGACCAUGUACGCCGGCUACGACAGCACCAUCCCCGACACCUCCACGCGCCUCAUGACCACCUUCAACAGGCUGGGCGGGCGGCAGGUCAUCUCCGCUGUCAAGUGGGCCAAGGCUCUGCCAGGGUUCCGGAACCUGCAUUUGGAUGACCAGAUGACCCUGCUGCAGUGCUCCUGGCUCUUCCUGAUGUCAUUCAGCCUGGGCUGGAGGUCCUACCAGCAGUGCAACGGAAGCAUGCUCUGCUUCGCCCCAGAUCUCGUCAUUAACGAGGACCGGAUGAAGCUGCCCUACAUGAGCGAUCAGUGCGAGCAGAUGCUCAAGAUCUCCAACGAGUUUGUGAGGCUGCAGGUGUCCCAUGACGAGUACCUGUGCAUGAAGGUCCUGCUGCUGCUCAGCACCGUUCCGAAAGACGGGCUGAAGAGCCAGGCUGUUUUUGAUGAGAUCCGCAUGUCCUACAUCAAGGAGCUUGGCAAGGCCAUCGUCAAGCGUGAGGAGAACUCCAGCCAGAACUGGCAGAGGUUCUACCAGCUCACCAAGCUGCUGGACUCCAUGCACGAGAUGGUGGGAGGACUCCUGAACUUCUGCUUCUACACCUUUGUGAAUAAGUCCCUGAGCGUGGAGUUCCCCGAAAUGCUGGCGGAGAUCAUCAGCAACCAGUUACCAAAAUUCAAAGCCGGGAGCGUCAAGCCGCUCCUCUUUCAUCAGAAAUGACCGCCUUACAGCAUGACACAAUGCCUUAAAUUCUACCAGCUCACCCCACGGACCCGGAGACCCCGCGAGCGACCAGGG